AUGAAUCUAAGCGCCAUUUCAAACGAUAGAGACGGAUCUCCUGGGUCCAUGGAACCUCAUCGACCGAAUUGUCUUCGAUUGCAUGUUAUGCUAUUGGAGAUGCCAAAUAACGAAUUAUUGAAGGAAGAAUUCUCGACUAUAGAUUUUCUAUGGCUUCGAAGAAACAUUCCCUGGCCAAAUAUGGUCAAGUUGGUGGUAUAUCGCUUUUUACACAUGCACAACCUCUACCAGAUCGACCAGGAUGAUGAGAUCAAUGAACUUGUCGAUUACAUAUUUAGAAACGGGGAAUUGCCAAACAACCAAGAUUGCAGAGCACAAAUGAUUCACCGAUGCAAAAAAUUGAUCCUCUUAACUUCUCAAUGGACAUCAAAUGGUAUAUUAAUGUACAACGAAAAGAACCGUCUGGUCAAGAGCGCAAUUUUCCAAAACGCUUGGAACAAUCAAAUCAUCAUCAUGCGAAACAGAAUCAAACCCACCAAUAAAGAAGUACCUGUCGUUGAAGUACCCAAUGAUAUUCCUGCAAAGGUUUUGGAAUCAAACAGUGUGAUUACCGAGGUAUCUGUCGCAGCUCCGAGCCCGUCACUGGAAGGAAGGCAGAAUAGCUCCGAAAUGAUCACAACUACCGAACCCCUUAUCAAAGUUGAUCCCGAUGGACCUGUGGAGUUAGUUGACGAGAUUAAGACAGUGUCUCGAGUGAAGUUGGAACCCCUUGACUCAGAACAAGUUCAAGCGGUGCUGAAAGAUACUUCACUACAUUCCGAUAUUCCUGAUAGCCAGGUUCCACCACUGGAUACGACUUCAAUUCCUCAGUCUAGCCCUUCACGAGAUGGUACCAUGGCUGAAGUCAUAUUCUUAAAGGACUCGAAGCGUAUCAACUACUCUUCCGAAGCAUUACUAUCACAACAUACCCAAAAGUUCAAGGCCUGUGCACAGAUAAAUGUGCUCACCCCAAACAAAGUCGGUCGAAAAAUUGUUCGUGAUGCAAUGAGUCUGAUCUGGGACAGUAAUCAUGAAUUAGUCCUCUUCUGGAAAUCGGUGGCUUUGCGAACGUCUACCAUCAUAAAAAUCACGUUCCCUGACGCCGUCUGGUUACCUGGUGUCACUGUUGACAUUAAUAGUGGUGACGACCUUCUCAGAGUUAGACAGAUUAUCUGGAAUAGCUUCUGGAUAUUCGUCGCCAAGCAACCAGAAACCAUUGUCUCGACUUUCAAUAUCAAUGCAAUCCCUCAAAACCCUCAACUCUCGGUAGCACUCUCUAAGCGACAACGGAAUAGUAUACCUGAUGAUUCUGUGUCAAUUCACCAAGAGAAUGGCACAAGCCCUCGUUCUAACGAUGCAUAUGAUGUAGCAUUCCGAAAUUGUAUGGCUAAAAUCAGUAGCCAGAGAUCUUACGAUAAUUCUAUUUCACGUGAUGGAAGUCAAAGUAUCGGCCAAGUUCCAAUAUCACCAAAAUCACUUCCAUUGCUGAAAAGACCUGCCAAGCGACCGCGCUUGAUAGAACAACACCCACAACAGCUCAAACAGAACUUGCAAUUACAACGUCAAAUCCCAUACUUGCGGAACGACAGAUACAACCGCAGAUACCACAACAGCAGACACAUCAGCAGGAGCAUGGGUCGCGCCCAAUUCAAUCACUUGCAGGGUCUCACAUUUUGGGAUCUCCUUCCAUCGACAGAGACAGCUGUGUUUCACCAUGAGCCGAAUAAUUCAUUCGCGUCAUACGCGUAUCAAGCAUCGCGUACGAACCAUUCUCCCCGCUCCUAUACUUUACCAGCAAUGUCUCCUCCUCCAACUACAAACCAUGAGAACAUGCGCUCUCAACGCAUUCCUCGAACGGCUGCAUCUACUCUCACGUCUUCAUACCAACAUUCACCAUAUGCUCACGGAUCAGCACUAAUGUCUCCUCCUGAAACCAUGGCUAGAUCUCAUCGUUCCCCAUACUCAGCACACCAUCCGCCACCAAUGCCAGCACCAAGACUCAACAAUCACACCCAGACUUCCAAUCAUCCUGCACUACCCCUAUCCCCACCCAUAACCCCUCACUCUCACCACUUCCCUCCAUAUCCUCCCUCCAACCCAAUUCCAAACCCAAACCAAACCCCAACCCCAACCAUCCAAUUCCGCAUCCAACUUCAACCACACGGCCCCUUCAGCGCCCCCUACCCCAAAUCCAUCCACGGCAUCCCGGGUAAACCCGCAAUCACCACCUCUCAGUUCUUCACCUCCUUCGUCGCAAACACAAGCCCCACUCCCAGAAAGACUCCCAACUCCCUAACCUUCCGACUCAAAGACGCAGUGCUAUUUCCUAUCGCAUAUACCAUUUCUCGAACCGGAGCAGUAGAUGGAGAUAAAGAUGGAGAUGGAAUCGAUGCUUUGGUUAAGCUGAGAGCGGAUAUCAAGAGAGAGUGUGAGAAUGCGGGGAGAUUGGUCAUGGGAUUGGAGAAAUUUGAGAUUUACGUUAGUAUUACGGAAGAAACUGAUGAGAGGAACGAGGUGGAGCUGCCUGCGCAGGUGUUGGGAGAAGAAUGGUGA